AUGUACCGCGGUUUCUAUUCUAUCAAGCAAGAAGAGGACUAUAUCAUGUCUUCUUCCGCCCUAUCUUCAGGCAAACACCAUGGUAUGAAGGGAGGUAGAGAGGCCCCUUCUACUUCUCCUGUUUCUGCGUCUGCUUCUGAUCCGGAGAGCAAGAGUGGAAGUAAAAACAGACGUCGAAUUCAACUCGCGCCGGAAACGACUCAGCUAUUACCAGCGCCAGGGAGUGCUCUGCCAUUUCCUUAUCAUCAUCCAUCAAUGACCAACAGCAAUGGCAACACCCCGCUUAUCACCUCAGCCAGCUCGGAUUCUUUUGGCAGUCGAGUUCACCAACAACAAGCCGAUCCUUCAACUCUGUCGCCUCUCGUGUACGGUAUGACAUAUGCUAGAUCCCAGUCACUGUCCGAUCUGGGGAACUAUCACCGAGUUGACUCGCUGCAAAGAGAGUCGCCCUACGUGGCAGCAGUAGCAGCAGCAGCAGCAGCAAGCAGCGGUGGCGCCGGGUUGAUGGAAGAUAUCUACAAUACGCCGUAUGGUCUGCACAGCCCAUCAUGCAUACCCGCGACAAGCACUUCCGAUACUAUGACGGACUACUACGGCUCUUUGGACAGUCCGAAGGCAUGGAGUCAUGCUGCUGAUGUUGCAAUGGCGGCUGACCUGGCGCGAUCACAGAAUACUAUUUUCUACGCAGCCGACGUCCCAACACUCUUCCCAACCGCAAACCUGCUUUCGCCCGGCGACAUGUCCACACAUCGCGUCUUGCCGAUGCCCACGACCAGCACCGGUAGCGGUAGCGGCCCAUCAUCAGUGAAUGUUGUCAAUACACCGUACCUCCGCGACAUGGAUAUGGUAGCAACUUCCGAUCUCUCUUUUAUCCCUGGGGGAGAAGACGACGACGACGAUGAUGAAGAAAGACCGACAAACAUCUAUUCCCCUACAGCUAAAUCAUCAAAGAGUUCAUCCUUUGUAGGCAGGGUUUAUGGUAAACCUGAUGCUGCUACCGCCACACCAGAGCGUCUUUCACACGCUCUUGGUGGCCGGGUUGCUUCUUCACAUCAUCAUCAUGGCCACCAUGGUCAGAACUACAUGGCCAGAUACACGGCAAUCGCAGAGGGUUCUUUGGAUACGCUCCCCAUCACUACCACGUCAUCGUCAGCGUUCACUCGGUCUGGCACCACGGAUUCUUCGAGUGAUAUAGAAGAGCCGCUGAUGAUGUCGAUGUCGAGAAAACGACGACAGAAGCAGCAACACUGA